GGUGGUGCUGGCGGUGGUGCAGGCGCAGCGCGCGGCCCGGGUCCCUCAAACACGCCCCGGACGUGCAGCGGCGCAGAGCUAAGGCGGCAUUUCCUACCGUACGCCCUGCGGUACGGGUCGCGUGAGGAGGAACUCCCGAGUGGACCAGACAGACCGACGAUCACCCCGACGCCGCCGCCGCCGCCAACAUGCGCAGCCACCUCGUCCUUGCCGCCUUGCUGGUCGGCGCCGUCGCCGUCUCGACGGGAAGCAAAAUCCGCUUCGAAGACCUCAAACUCGUCAAAGAAAAGCCCGAAUGGCUUCUGACUUGCGAGAAGAGUGACCCCAACAUCAACGAAUGCCUUCGCAAGUCCUUCAACCACAUGAUCCCCGCUCUUGCCAGGGGCAUACCCGAGCUCGGCGUCCACAAGUUCGAGCCGCUGUUCGUGGACAGGAUCGGCCUGCAGAAGGGCAACGGUGGAGUCAUCAUCAACGGUGCAUUCAGGGACAUGAAUGUGCACGGGCCGAGUAACGCGACAGCCACCUAUGUCAGGCUGGAUUUUAACAAGAAAGUGUAUCAUCUCGGGGUCAAUAUCCCUACUAUCCGCGUGGACGCCAACUACAUCAUCGACGGGCAGAUCCUGCUGCUGCCACUGGUCGGCGAGGGCACCGCCAGGCUCAACCUCCGUAAUGUCACGUGCUCGGCAACGUGUGACGUCGACUUCCCCGAAAAGGAGGGCCAGAAGGUGAUGUGGUUCAAGAACAUACACGUGGACUUCUCCGUCGGAGACAUGCGCAUCCACCUCAACAACCUCUUCAACGGAAACAAAGUGCUUGGUCGCACCGUCAACCAGUUCCUCAACAAGAACUCCGUCGAGGUAAUUGGUGAGCUCCGCGAGGAGCUCGGUCGCGCUCUUGGAGAGGUCUUUCUGCCCAUCCUGCAAAAGGCGUUCGGGCAGAUACCCACGCGCUACUGGCUGACGGAGUAACCGAGCCGCGCUUAGUCUUUGGAACAAAACUUCGCCCCACACUGGCCGGACACCCUGACGCUCCGCCGUGGACGAUGAGAUGCACCGAGCAAGACUGAUUCCUAGAAAAAUGUUCUCGUAACCUGUCGAAAAUCUGCAAUUGUUGAGUUUUGUCGCUUCCCCUAUACAGCACUCGGGAAAUAUCUGACACGACAUACAAAACACAAAAAGCACCACUGUGAUAUACAUUAGCGCCAUAUUAUUAGCGUAUUUUUUAGUGUUUUGCGACUACAUCUGCAUACAUUAUUAAGGGGCCCUUUAUGUAAUUGAAUAGCCCUUUGCAAACACUCUGGAAUACAGGCGUGUAAUAUUAUAAUUUAUGUACCACAAACCAUACCUCGAGCCGAAAGAAAGACAAUGUAAACAAAUUUAUUUUAAUAAAGAGUUUGUUUUUGUUUGUU